AUGAGGAGGAAGACAUUGCGUUACAUCAAAUUGGUGGGUUUGCUUUUGAUUGGAACUUUCGCCUUGGUGCUCAUCUUUGAGAAAGAGGCCAACCCUGCAGAUGAGCCAUCAGAUAACAUGCCAGUUCACACAAGGGAAUCAAACCGUAACCAAAUAACUAAGAAACUAGUCAGUGUGCGGUCAGAUGCCAUCACAUGGCCACCUUGUCAGCGUAAUGAAUCUGCAUCCAACGUGACAGGCUUUUCUUCACUUCCCGGCCACAUCCAAGACUUCCUGGAUUAUCGUCACUGCCGCCACUUCCCCAUGCUGCUUGACGUUCCUGAUAAAUGUGGAGGUCCACAGAACUCUGCUGAUGUCUUCCUUCUGCUGGUUAUUAAGAGCUCGCCUUGGAACUAUGACCGAAGGGAGGUUCUACGUAAAACCUGGGCAGAGGAGAGAAUCCAGAAUGGGGUGUGGGUGCGUCGACUCUUCAUCUCAGGAACCACAAGCUCGGGAUAUGAGGAGUCAAAGCUGAACAACUUACUGGAGCUGGAAAACAAAGAACAUCAUGACAUCUUGCAAUGGGACUUCAGUGACACUUUAUUCAAUCUAACACUGAAGCACAUUCUGUUUCUCGAUUGGAUGGAGAGGAACUGCCCAAAUGCUCGCUUCCUGCUCAACGGUGAUGAUGACAUCUUCGCCAACACAGAUAACAUGGUGGAAUACUUUCAAAGCCUCAAGGACAAUGACGGAAGCAAGCAUCUGUUUGAGGGUUCUUUGGUCAUCGGCGUUGGACCCGUCAGAGACCGACGGAGCAAGUACUAUGUGCCAGUUCAGGUACAAGAGUCAGAAACAUACCCCCCCUAUUGUUCAGGAGGGGGAAUUCUCCUUUCAGGCUACACAGCUAUGGUCAUAUACAAAAUGUCUCAGUUAAUAACCAUAUUGCCUAUUGAUGAUGCUUACCUGGGGAUGUGCCUGCAAAAGGCUGGUCUUGGCAUCAAGUCCCACAUCGGUGUUCACUGUCAAGGACUGCAUAUUCCUUCUAAAAGGCUUGAUGCCCAUGACCCUUGUUUUUACAAGGAAAUAAUUUUAGUACACAGAUUUGUAGUACAUCAGAUUUACAUUAUGUGGCAUGCAGUACGUGACCCUAACCUGAAUUGUGUCGGAAAGACUUUGACACUUUAG